GGCUGUUAUGGCGGCUGUGAAAGGAGGCUGACAGUUUAGCACAAACUUUUACUUUUUUCUCCUUUACAAGUGUUAUAUUACAGCAGACACCAAGAUGAUUUCACUUACGGAUUCUCAAAAGAUCGGCAUAGGGUUGACAGGCUUCGGCGUUUUUUUCCUCUUCUUCGGGAUGAUCCUGUUCUUUGACAAACCCCUCCUGGCCAUCGGCAAUGUUUUUUUUGUGGUGGGUCUGGCCUUCGUUAUCGGUCUGGAGAGGACUUUCCGCUUCUUCUUCCAGAGGCACAAGCUGAAGGCCAGCAGCUUCUUCCUGGGAGGGGUGCUCAUCGUGCUCAUCGGGUGGCCCAUCGUUGGGGUGCUCUUGGAGAUCUAUGGCUUCUUCCUCCUCUUCAGGGGCUUCUUCCCGGUGGUGGUGGGCUUCAUCAGGAGGAUCCCUGUGCUCGGGGCCCUACUAAACCUGCCCUUCAUCAGCUCUUACGUCGAUGGAAUGGCAGAGAGCAGCUCGAUGGUGUAACAGUGUGUUCAGCAGCGGUCAGGACCUGGGAGGAUUUUGGACCUGUCUGAGCCUCCGUUAAUGUAACCAUAGACAUCUGAUACACUGUUCAAAAAUACAGAGCCACUGUGUGAACUGCCACUGCAGCCACUCUGUAAGACUGAGCUUCUAACAACAGAUUUUAUUUUCUGUUUUUGCUAAAUAUAAGGAUAUUGUACUGGGUUACAGGUAGGGCUGUCACGGUAACAGUGAAUUUGAAAAAAUUGCAAGUGAGCCCUUAUGCAGUAUGAUCGAUCGCACCGCAUAAGGGCUCACCUGACCAUGGUAACCACAUUUUGCAUUUUAAUGAGGUUCCACACAUUUGUCCGGGGUAAUUUUACUAUUCUAUGAACUAAUUCAUGUUUAUGCAUCUCUAAACUGCAGAGACGCUGGGAAUAUGUCCCUAGUGAUGGGACUUUCACCUCUUUUGUGGGAACCGAAUCUUUUGGAUCCAUUCAUUGAAAAGAGCUGUUCAAAAAAAUGUCUUUUACUAUUUAGGCCUAUAUGAGAGAAGCCAAUGUGAGAACUCAUUUUAUCUGCAAACUAAUCACAGAGAGAAGUGACCAAGGCUCAGAUCUGUUUAAAGUGAUUCAAAGUGAGAGUGGAGUGUGUUUACCCUUUCAGUAGUGCAUAAUUUAAAUAUAACAUUGCACUACAAUAAUAAUUUCAAACUGUUAUGAUGCCACAUAUUUUUUUGUGCACAAAACUCUCAAUCGUGUCGCCUGCUCUGCUUCUGUGCUGAUGUUGUGUUGGUUCAGUUUUAAUCUUGAUGAAAAAUGUAAAAGGGCUCCAGUUUCGAGUACACGGGGGUUAACCGUGGGUGUAUGUCCCUUACACGUUACUUACUGAAAGCGUGUCCGGCUGUUGUACCGCUGGAGAAAUUCUUUAACCGUGACAGCCCUAGUUACAGGUACCUUUGAGAUGGUACCUAAUGUUAGGUUUUGGCUGAGUGCCGAUGUUCCACUCUGGAGACAUGGUUCUACACUCAAACCAUGAGGGCUGGGCAAUCUUGUCAAAAAUCAUUAUCUCGUUUUUGUUUUUAUUAUUAUUUUGUAAAUCUAUCCUAAAUGUGUUAAAACAUGUCUGUAAAUGUAAAAUGGCGAAUGGACUGUGAGAUGAACCUAAAAUAUUUCUUUAUAUCCUUAUUUGAAGCACUUGCUAGUUUACUUUGACUUUUUAAUUUGUUUGUUUCCUCAGGGAAUUCUACAGGAAUUCACUUUAAUAACAACAAACAAAUGCUCUAGUCUUUGUGUGAAAUGUAAUUUGUCAUACCUUUAUAUUUGUCCCUCUGCUGAUGUGGGAAAUUGCGGCCUAUGCCUACAGUUGAAACCAUAAGUUUAUAUACACUACAUAAAAAAACACAGACUUUUCCUAUUUUAGGUCAGUUAGGAUUACCAAAAUAAUUUUG